CGCGCGCAGUCAAUGGCGCAGUAGGGAAGCGAUAUCGGUCCACAGUUUCGACUUUAAACUUUUUAAACCGUUUAAUUUGUUGGAUUUUUAUCCUUGACUUCGGUAAAAAAUAAAAGAAGUAUUCUUGACUUUUUCCUCCAGCUGACGUGAAGCAGGACAGCCGAGAAGCGACGAAAAGAUGAAGUACAUUAUAGGAAUUGGCGGAGUCACUAAUGGUGGCAAAACCACCCUGACAAACAAGCUGAUCAAGACGUUGCCAAACUGCUGUGUUGUGCACCAAGAUGACUUUUUCAAGAAACCUGAUCAGAUAGAGGUCGGGGAGGACGGCUUUAGACAAUGGGAUGUCAUCACAGCUUUGGAUAUGGAGGCCAUGACCAACACAGUCAAAGGCUGGAUUGAGAACCCGGUGAAGUUCGCCCGUUCCCACGGUGUCUCUCUGUCGUCUGCAUCUGAUGUGGCCAACCCUGAUGAGCAGUCCCACAUCCUGAUCGUGGAGGGCUUCCUGCUGUACAACUACCCGCCCCUGCUGGAUGUUUUCGACAAGUGCUAUUACAUCACAAUUCCUUAUGAGGAGUGCAAAAGAAGGAGAGGAACAAGACAGUACACUGUCCCUGACCCCCCCGGCCUGUUUGACGGCCACGUGUGGCCCAUGUACCUAAAACACAGGCGUUUGAUGGAGGACAGCGGCUUGAAUAUUGAGUAUCUGGAUGGUUUGAAGCACAAAGAGGAGAUCUACAACCAGGUGUAUGAGGACAUUCAGAACAAUCUGCUCAAUCGUUUAUAGCAGGAAGACUCCCCUCCAUCCCUGUACAGAAUUUGUAAAUAGUCCGAAGGAUUCUUUUUUACGAAGUUUUUCUAAUUUUAUUCUUUUGUUUGUAAACGCAACAAAGCAAUGUUAACUUAUCGCUGUCUUUUUUUUUUAAUCAUCUUCAGAUGAUCAGAGUGAUUGUUCAACGGAUCAUGAGUAUGUUACUGUUAUGUUAAACCACAGACUUGUACUGGACCAUUUGUCUCGUUCUCCUACAAAUAAAUGUGUUUGUAUCUGAUGAUAUA